UUAAUAUAUAACUUGUGUGGCAGGUUGAUCGACCAUUGUAGCAAGUGGGUGUUGUUGAAAAUAGCUGGUCAACUGCGUGUUACUUGGACGGUUGCUAAUUAUCUCAAGUGGACCAUCAUCUUUGAAUUUUGCCUCUAAAUUUCCUCGGUCAGAAAAGUUUGUUUCUUUCGGCCCAUGCCGUUUAUGGCUUAAACCCACACAUAAUCCACAUAUGAACGAGGGACAAGUUCACAUUCAUGGAGAAGCUUACCAUAUUCUUGUUAUGCUUUGGUACUCUUCUAAUCUCAAUUUUGAUAACUUUUGCAGCAGCAGCAGACACCAUAUCAGCAAAUCAAACCAUCACAGAUGGUGACACCAUUGUUUCAGCUGGUGAAAUCUUUGAAAUGGGGUUCUUCAGACCUGGCAGAUCAAAUAAUCGGUACGUAGGGAUAUGGUACAAGAUGAUACCAACCCGUACGGUGGUGUGGGUUGCUAACACAGAGACUCCAUUGAAUGAUACGUCUGGUGUGCUCAGAGUUAGCCAGGGUGCACUCCAAAUUCUCAGUGGUAACAGCUCUGUAAUCUGGUCAUCAAAUUCAUCGGCAUCUGAUAGAGGUAGCGAUGUGGUGGCUCAACUUAUGGAUACUGGAAAUCUUGUUCUGAGGGAUCAGGGAAGUUUAAUUUGGCAAAGUUUUGAUUAUCCUGUAGACACCCUUCUCUCAGGAAUGAGAAUCGGCGUGGAUUUGAUAACAGGAAGAGAAACAUACUUGAGGUCAUGGAGGAGCGAUGAUGACCCUUCUCCUUCUGCAGGUCAGUAUGUCUUUCGGGUGGAUACAAAUGGGUAUCCACAACUUUUUGAGAGGCAAAAUAUGGCUCCUGUGUCGAGAUUCGGACCAUGGAAUGGUGUUACAUUCAAUGGUAUGCCUAAUUUAGGCGAAAAUUCAAUAUUCACACACCAGUUUGUUUUCAAUGAGAAUGAGAUAUACUAUGAAUAUGCACUUGUGAACGACUCGCUUAUUUCCAGGAUGCAUUUGAGUGCGGAUGGCAGAAUCGAAGACUUGAUUUGGGUCAAUCGCACACAAAAUUGGACUGUCUAUUCGACUGCAAGUAACAUUGAUGCUUGUGCGCGUUAUGCAAUCUGUGGUCCAUAUGGAAACUGCAACAUUAACAACGCCCCUGCUUGUAGUUGCCUGGAAGGGUUUGAACCACGGCGCCCUGAAGAAUGGAAUUUAGCAGACUGGUCAAGUGGGUGUCAAAGGAUAACACCAUUAGCUUGUGGGAAUGGGGAUGGAUUUCGUACACUUUCAGGUGUAAAAUUCCCAGACACAAAUCGUUCAGUGUACAAUUUGACCAUGACACUUGAUGAUUGUGAAACAACUUGCAAAGAGAAUUGCUCUUGUACAGCUUAUGCAAGUUUAGAUAUCAGAAAUGGUGGACGCGGAUGCUUGCUAUGGUUCGGUGAUCUAAUGGAUAUUCGGGUGUAUGAUGAAACACAAGAACUUCACAUAAGAAUGCCUGCUUCCGAACUACCAAGCCCUACUUCCCCAGAAUAUGGCUCAGGGUCUGGAAAGAAGAAACCAACGAUCACUAUAGCUGUGUCAGCUGCAAUUGGUUCAUUUAUUGUAUGUCUGAUUCUAGCACUGUAUGUAGCAUGGAGAAAGAAGAAAAGAUCUCGCAAGAGAAGACAAGUUUUGAUGCAAGCCCGUGAGGAGAAGUAUACCAAUGAUGAGGAUAGGAAUAAAGAUACAGAGUUGUCCGCAUUUAGCUUGUCCAUGAUUGCUAAGUCAACUAACAACUUUGCUCUCGACAAUAAGCUCGGUGAAGGUGGAUUUGGUCCGGUUUACAAGGGCGUGUUUGAAGAUGGACGAGAAAUAGCUGUGAAACGACUCUCAGCAACUUCGUCACAAGGGCUUGAUGAAUUCAAGAAUGAAGUUGGAUGUAUUGCCAAACUUCAGCAUCGAAAUCUUGUGAAGCUUCUCGGAUACUGCAUUCAAGGAGAUGAAAGAAUGUUGAUAUAUGAAUACAUGGAGAACAAAAGCCUUGACUUCUUUAUAUUCGAUGCAUCUAGAAGUAUCAUGCUUGAUUGGCCUCUUCGUUUUCAUAUUAUCAAUGGGAUUGCUCGAGGACUUGUUUAUUUGCAUCAAGAUUCACGCCUACGAAUCGUCCAUAGAGAUCUGAAGGCUGGCAAUAUAUUGCUGGACAAGAACAUGAAUCCCAAGAUAUCGGAUUUUGGCCUUGCUAGAAAGUUUAGCGGAUAUGAGACUGAAGCUAACACGAACAGAGUGGUUGGAACAUAUGGUUACAUCUCUCCAGAGUAUGCAGUGCAUGGCCUUUUCUCGGUAAAGUCGGAUGUGUACAGCUUCGGAGUUUUGGUGUUGGAAAUAGUGAGUGGGAAGAAAAAUAGAGGAUUUUCUCAACAAGAUUACAAUGACACCCUUAUUGGACAUGCAUGGAAACUCCACAAAGAUGGAAAGUCAGUUGAGCUAGUUAGCUCAUCUGUGCGAGACUCAUGUGUCACCUCUCAAGUACUACGGGCAGUGCAUAUUGGUUUGUUAUGCGUACAACAUCAUGCAGAUGAUAGGCCCACGAUGCCGUCAGUGGUUCUCAUGCUGGGUAAUGAGAACUAUUUGCCUCCACCUAAGCAACCUGCAUUUUUUGCGGAAGAGAGGUUUGUGACAGAAAUCAACUCUUUGUCAUCGGCCCCAACAUUGGAUUCUAUCAAUGAAGUCACCGUAACACUUAUGAAUGCUCGAUAGCAAGUAAAUUCCUCCUUUAUUAUGGUAUUCUUUAUUCAACUAUAUAUGAUUCUAUAAUGCAUCAUGUAUAUGUAAAGAGAAUGUAAUUACGAAAACCUACAUACAUAUCACCUCAUUUAUAUAUAUUUUUGAACUAUAGCAAUUUUGGGAUUCGAAUAUUAGUCGACUUGGAUAAUUUAAGGAUCGUGUAUAUAAACAUUUUUAAAAAUUGUGAUUUCGACCCUAUUGCCUGAUGUAUCACUUGUAAUUCAUUUGUUCAAACCCUAAAAAGCUGAAUCUGUGAUUUUAGUUUCCAUGAACCAUUAUUUUCAAAAUAUAUUUUUUUCUAAAAUGCUCCCACGAAAAUCGCAUAAGAAACAAAAAAAAAAAAAACAAACCCCACA